GCCCCGCCCGAUCAUGCUCACCAUCUCAUUCAUCGUCACCCGUGGGCGCAGUACGUGACACUCAACAGUAAUCCGAUCCCAUCGGAUCCGGCAGUCGUAACCAGCGCGGUGCCGCUGGACCUUUACUCGCACAUUCCACCUGGCGGGUACCUUGCCGGCAAGUACGUUCGCCGACUCUUCCCCCACUUUUUCAAGGAGGAGCCGAGCCCGACUCGUCGCAUCUCCUUCUUCGAACUGAUGCGCCUGGAACUUCCGUCGCCUUUCGAGAAGACUCUCAGACCGAGCGCCGGAAGCCGUCUCCGUAUCACCUGCGACUUCCCUCUCUCGAGUGUAGAGCAGGAUGAGAUCGUCGCCGCACACGUCCGUCGCAACGUUUCGUGCGCAAUUCGAUUCUCGGAAUUUCCAGUAUCCAAGGCAGCGAGGAAGCUCUUGUGCUCAUUCGUCCGAAAUUUCUUGCCUGCCCACCCCGACGAAGGCAUACUACCGCUGAGAGUUUUUAAGCUCACCCAGCGUGAGCGGGACUGGAUCACCAGGCGCAUGACCCAUUUAUUCAACGCAGCGUGCUCAGCAUUAGCAGCGGUCAACCUGCUUAACGACGAUAAGCGAACCCACAUGCUGACGUCUACCAUCCCACGCAUGGACGCGUACCCGGUCCGUUUCGACUUCACCAUCGAGGAUAUGUCAUCCGAAUGCGGCUGGACUAAUCAGCGUCCAGUAUAUCUGUGGAUCGUAGGAGCUCAGUCCUUGACCCAAGGCCACCGUUCAGCACGUUUUUUCUUGAUGACGCUCCGGCUAGCGAAGUCUUAG